AGGGACAACUCCCGACGUUCCUCGGUACAUUUUUACACUUCACAUCCCCACCGCGUGUGUAAGAUUAAGCUACAGUGUGGAUCUUCAUACAUUGUGCCAUUGAAGUUUAUUCGUUCCGUGUACUAAUAUUCUUCUUCAUCUCGUUCUUGAUCUACUUCUACAAACCCCAAUAAACCCCCCGUGGUCGUGAUCUUGAAGAAAAUGCAGUCCGAAGAAGACAACGCACAGGACGAUCUCGGGCAGAUUCAAGAGGAAAGCCAGGACUAUGACGAUGAAGACGAGCAGGUGGAGCAUUCUGAUGCGCACUAUGAAGACGAGCAGGAGCAAGAAGAAUCUGAAGCAGUUUAUUCCGAUGAUGAGGGAAGAAGCCCGAAUGAUGAACAAUCCGAAACGGAAGCGCACAAUGAAGAGAGGACUCCCGUAGCUGCCGUUGCCGAUCGACGCGGUGCUAUUGAGCUAGAAAAAAUCCCUUCGGCAGAAGGCGAAGCGGAACCGUUUUCAACAGCGUCUGCUGGUUUAGCUACUGGCGACGAUGCUGAGGACGAGCGAUUGUUCAAGACCGCCAAAGCGGACGAUGAUGACGCCGAGAUUUAUCUGAACGUGGAUGAUCAUCUGAACGAAGACGAAGAGCCAGACGAAGCUGCCAGCCUGGUGCCCAGCACGACCGAGUCUCUCGACCCGACUACGAAGGCAGAGAACUUCUACCGAGAAGACUUCUCCACGCCCGCAGAUCUCGCGGCCAGCUUUCUCGCGGCACCUGAGUUCUACGCACAGAAGCCAAUUCUUUCGCCCUUGCGCCGGCGGCACGACGAAGCAGGAGAACACGCGGAAGAUCUGAAGAAAACCGGCAAGAGCGAAGAUGACGAGGCACUCGAUCUACAGGGGACUUCUCUCACUGGCACCGCAGUCGCCAUUUCGGCGAAUGCGCUUGUGCCAUUGCCCAGUACAGUCGCACCUCUGGUGGAGAACGACCACGCCGCGUUUCGGGGCUAUUUUCUUGAGGUAGAUUUCUCUGUGUCCGGCACGUACGUGCAGAGCAGCAGCCCCCGCAGCCCGCGUUCCGAGGACGAAAACAAGUUGCAUGAGAUAACCGAGAAUGACAACGAGGAGCAGGAGCACCAUCAAAAAGAUGAAAAUGAUCUGGAUUACGUCGAGGGAGCACACCAGUCGAGCGCCCCAGUAGGAACUGCUGGUGAAGAUAGCAACUCGAUAAACUCAGCCGGGAAUUACUACAGCGACGGGCAACAAGACCAAAAUUCCUCUGAAGCUCCUCCCAGCCCCACCUCCUCCCGAGCGAACAGCAAGGGUAUGAACGUGCGAAUCCAGAAUACCAGCGACGCAGUCACGACUCCCCGAACAACAGCAGUCACGCCGCGAAAGUCCUACAAGCGUGCGUUUGGACGAAGGCGGAACAUUUUUCCGCGGAUUUCCAUCGGGUUUGCCCUCGACAUGAGGGCCAAGAAAGCCCCAGCCGGACAGGAGGAUGGCGCACCAGCCGCGAAAGAACUACAAACCGAAGAAAAUUUCACCGAUGCAGCAGCGGAGCCACAAAGUUAUGAGGACCUGGAGGAGACAGCUUACACGGUGUCUCUGGACCUUCGCGGAAACGAGGGAACUGAGACGGGUCCGCGGCACUACUUGAAGAUGCGCGGCCUGCGGUGUCUGGACUUUCAGUUUGACCUCGACCUCGUUAGCAGGACUGGAAGUACAAGUAGCACAGGGGACGACAACCAGCCAGCGCAUGAUGGCGAGGUGGAAAACAAAAGUAUAAACGACGAAACCAGUAACAUACGAUCGAGCACUCUAAGCCUGUGGGUUCGGCCGAAUUGGGUCAACGGCGAGGAGGUGGUGGUUUUGUCGGUUUUCAACCAGCGAAUUCCCGUCUUUUCUGCGGUGCUUCCGGACGCGCACUUCAUCCUUCACCCCGAGAACGAACAGAAAAUUUUCGCGUUGUUCGAUUGCGACUCGCCGAACACCAGUAUCCGCUGGAGGAAAGCGAACGAGCUCCCGCCCACGGUGGAAUAUUGGUAUAACCGGAGGGCGGGCGGCGUGCAGCGGCUGACGGAGCAGAUCAUCCAAGGACUGGCCUAUCCCGACCCGCGCGACGCAGUGGAAAUGAUGAGCCUGGCCAAUUACGACUUCGAAAGCAAAAUCACCUGCGUGCCCUGCUCCCCGUGGGCGCGCUUCUAUGCCGCGUCGGUGGGAGGUGUGGACCAGAUGCCAUUUCUGCUGCAGUACGAUUUCGAUUGGUUUGUUGACAUGCUGAUAAUUCUUCUAUCUCUUUCUCGUGCGUCUGCGUCCGUACCAAUAUGAAGAUUGUGAUUCCUUUACUGCAAAAUGAAAAUAUUAUCGAUUUUUACAUAGCAAAAAACAAAAAAUUAGGUAUCGUCCGCAGGCAAUGCAGUCUAGCACCAAGGGACCCUUGACGCGGUUAUUGGCAAACGACACGGGUUUCAGCGACGUCAUCCCGACCCUGCAGGGACUUGUGUCAACCUUCUGUGGCGUCUGGGAAUCGAACUGGAUAGAUCACGCCGGCGGAAUGAAAUACGGUUCUAAAGGCUCAGUUUUUUCCGUAGAAGACCGACUGCAAGUGAUCCCGGAUGAGUCUGCCGCCGUGGUAGAGACGUUGCUGCGGGAGAAAGCUGGUUACACGCUCUGUGCAUACUUUGGAUCCUGUCCACACCUGCGCGGGGAAAUCUUGCUAUUCCUGUUGCAACAACUUUCGGUCGGAGGAAGCGCUUUUGUAGACGAGCAGCGACAGAAGAGCAGUGGACUUUUAGGCUACAGUGGGAGUGGGGCCUACUCGUCUCCCAGAGGACCGGGCAGCAUGAAGAUGGUCAGCGAGGAGGAGCCCAGCGUCUUCGAGCACGCACUGGCCGCACAAGCGCGAGGGUUACUGUUGAUACAGUUACUGUUUUCUACAAGAACUUCUAGUUCUACUACGCCGCCAGAUGGUGGUGCGCCGGCUUUCGCUUUAGACGAAGAUCUGUCCGCUCUCGUACAGCUGACGGUUGUGCCGUUUUUGAAGAACGAGUUGGCGGAAAGAACGGUGACCGCCCUCGAGAGGCUGACCGGGCGGCCGUCGAAGCGAACUCAGGGGCGGAUUGCGCCUCUCGUGCAGCUGCUGAAAAAGAGCAUUGGAUCCUGUCUACAAAUUUUGCAAGAGCCCUUGUUACCGUCUCGCAACGCGGCGGAGAAGAAAUGGUCGCAGGCCCUUGCGGAGAUAGCGGAGACCGCCUACCUGGCUCGCGGUCUUGGGACCGCACGCACCGGGAGAUGAUGAAGAUGCUAUACAAACAUAGUUUGUAAAAAAGUUAAGGUUUAGUACAACCACAAUUUAGGAUGAAGAUCAAAAUCCUCUUCUGCACACGGAAUGACACAGGGUUUUUGUGAAAUCUCACUGAUCAUGUUGUCCUCUUAGCCAGUUCCAGGUAUUCCCCUGGUUCUGUAGCAACUCGAGCUAUACAUGUUGUAUCCCCACGCCCACCAGGUCGUCCAUUUGUACAUUAGAAUCACGACCGCAUUCCAGAUUGACCCGAACUAUCAAAGUCGAAUACAACAAAAGCUACUGUCAGUAGUUCUUGCAUAAUAUCCGCUAGGACUCACGGCGCGCAACUGUCGCACCUCAAGCGG